AAAAGAUAAAAGGGUAUGUGACUCCUCUGACCACGCAUCCAAACGCCACCGCGCACUGCAAUCGAGAAUCGAGUGUUUCCUCCAAACAAAGAACGAGUAUUCGUGCCUCAGAGAGAGUCCCAAUAGAACGGUUCGAUUUUUCAUGAAUUGAAUUCCAAUCACGCAAAGGUUUUAGCAAUUAUGGAGCCAUAUGCACUGUCCCCAUCCCCAGAUAAUGCUGAUGCAAAGGCAGCAUUUCGUAAGCUUUCAAAUGAUGCAGCUAGUAGGAAGUAUAGGCGCCGGUCUCCAGUUAGCGGGUCAUCCUCAUCUUAUGGUAGUCCAAAACGUGAGUCUAGCUGUAGUCCAAUCCAUUCAAGGGGAGAUCUUGCAAGAGACUCUGAUCCUCGGCGAAAGAAGGAUGAUGGGAAGGGCGUAGAUAGGGAUUCUGGUAGGAAUCACCAUGACCGAAGUGGUCAUUCAUAUAGGCAUUCUGAUCGCCAGUCCUCUAGGAGUUCUCAUAAUUAUCAUAGGCGGGAUGAAUAUGUUAGACAUGAAAAGUAUACAGAUGAAGAAGAGAGAAAUUAUAAGUCAUCCAGGAGAGGAAGUGUUGACACUCGAUCUGAUCGUACCAGGAGAGAAAGUGAGCAUUACAGAUCCAGGGAUCAUUUGCAGGGUGAUGACAAGUAUUCCCGAGAUAGAUCUGAUGGUUCAGGGAGUAGAAGCAGGGAUAAGGAGAGAGAAACUUCAUCUGUUGAGUAUCAGAAGUAUAAAGACAAGGAUUCAUUAUCCUACAGAGCUGGAUCUGGCAGGAGAAACACUAACUCUAAUGUUGAAGGUAUGAAGUCUGGGGAGCGGGACAGGCAUAUGGGGGAUGGAGAUGGUCGAGAUGAAAAGAGGGAUUAUCGGAGGAGUUCAGGGGAUUACAAAAGUGAUCGUUCACCUGUUUAUGAGGAAUCUAGGAGUCAUCGGAAAGAAAUUGCUAAAAGUGACCCUAGAGAAUUGGAUGGUCAAAAGUAUACCAAAGAGGAAAAGAAGAAAUACGAUGCUCAGGAAACUAGCAGGCACAAGGACCAAUAUGAUAGAGAACCAGGGGAGCUGUUUGAAGAUAAAACCAGUGGAAGUCAAGAAUCUGCUGCCAAAAAGACAAAGUUUAGCUCGGGCACUGAUUUUGGUAAGGAUGUUUCAAAGUUUACAACUGUAGCUGAUGAAAGGCAGUCUUCAAGUUCAAAGCAAGCUCAGGAGCUUGUUGGUAAGUUGACUUCAGAGCAGGCCCCUGUGAAAGGUUCUGAGGCUGCUAAUGACAUAGAUGCUGCAAAAGUUGCUGCAAUGAAAGCCGCGGAAUUAGUUAAUAAGAACCUCAUUGGAACGGGUUACAUGUCCACUGAUCAAAAGAAGAAACUGCUGUGGGGGAAUAAAAAGAACACCGCUGCUGAAGAGUCUGGUCAUCACUGGGAUUCGGCUUUGUUUUCCGAUCGUGAACGGCAAGAAAAAUUCAACAAGCUCAUGAGUCUGAGGUUGCCUUGGUACCUAUGGCCGAUUGUAGGGUGUGAAGGGCGACGUGAAAGUGGAGCAAAAACCAGACAAUCAAGAAAGCAGCAGCCUCCUCCAAGCAGAGAAGCAGAGGGAACUGCAGCUGGAUUUGGAGAAGCAAUACACUGCUGGACUCCGUCGAAGAGAUGGCCGAACUGUUGGACUAGGUCUCUGAGUCUCUACUCGGGAGAUUUGUGUAGUUGUACAACCCCAUUUAGCUCCAUUGUGUGGUACUUUUUGGCAAGAAUCUUGUCUUUUGUGAUUGUUGACUCCUGGCUUGUGAGGGGUAAUUGUGCUUUACCAUUUUUAUUUGAAAUUUUAGAUCAUGAUGGGAAAAGGUGUUGCAUGGUAUACUAUACUAUCAAUCUAUAUAUAUGUGUGUGUGUUUCACAUUUGUGGUAGUGUUAGCUUUAAUUAUUAUAUUUGGAGGAGCAGAUGCAAUCCUCUAUAUACAGUGGCAGCCCCUCCCAAUGGCACACCUUCGGCAAUGGGGGAGGGGAAUGAAUGAAGGGCUCAGCGAGGCUGAGAUUGUACCGGCUAAACAAGCGACGCAAAUAGCUGCGAUAAAACCAAGGAUGUAGAGUGGGACAACAAAAUCAAGAACAAAAAUCACAAUGGUGACGGCAUCCGCAACUCUGGUCUCUCUAUCUCUAUAUGCUCUUCCCUCUUGUGUCCAUGAUGGAGAUCUAUAGAUUUGGGGUUUGAAAUUGGAUCUAGGGUUUGUGUUUGGUGGCGGUGGGAAUGUUGGGGUGACAAAAAGAGGUGGAAUGGUAGUGAUGGGUGUGGCGGAGGUGGCGUUUGGUGGUCGCAAAAGGGGCACAGUGGUGUUUGGUGGUGACAGGGGUAAUGGAGGUAUGAUGGUGGUGGUAGGGUGGUAUUGUUUGGUGGUGGUGGGUGUCGAAGAGGUGGUGGGGAGAGGGAGUGGGUGGCUGUUUGUUGUAGAAAGAGGAAGGAGGUGACUUAAAUGUCUAAUUUGCCAUUGGAAAACACUCAUUUGUCGUCCACAUGUUCAUUUUCUAUUAAAAAUGCUAUUCAUGUUUCUUAUUGGGCUAAA